UCUCCAUCCUUUUAUCAUCAAAUCAUAUACAUAUUACUCUUCAAAUUAAUUAUAAGAAAUGGCAACUAAUUCUCUCAAAUCAUCUUUUGUGACUUUCCUCGUCUUCGCUAUGAUUCUGUCUCCGAUAAUUCCAAGCGAAGCAGCGCGGUUGAAUCAUCGUGAUCUGCUUCAAACAAGGCCACCCAUUUGUCCAGCCUGCGUCUGUUGCGCUCCUCCACCCCCAGGUUCAUGCUGCCGUUGCUGUGCUUCUCCUAUUGUAACUGAGUCUACAAAUGGUUCUCCUUGAAGUUGUGUGCUAGUACUACUGUUUUAGGUGCUUUAACCUAAAUAUACAAGAUGAAUAAAAAGGACCGUCUCAAUAAGAAAAUAAAAAGAGUGGUUCUAAAUAUUUGUUGUAUGCAACUUAUGAGAAUAGAAGAUGACUACUCAAGAUUCAGAGAUAUAAUUGCAUAAGAAUAUAGAAUCUUUAAAGCUUUUUUACAA